AUGUCCCCCAACAUCCAGGAGUCGGAAGCUAUGGGCCGGAAGCGAAGCCACGAGGAGUUCACCGACGACGUUGUCAAGGUGGAGGGUGUCGAAGAUACCAAAGCAUCCGUGAAGGGAAAAGCACAGGUCACCAUUGACUCCUUUUUGCCUCGCAUUACCGAAGCUGGCGACCAGCCCUCCCCCCAAGGAUCGCCCGACCUGACGGAAGCCGGGAGCAGCACUCCUGCCCGAGAGUCACCAUCUCCCCAGACCCCAACAACGAAUUCUGCAGCACUGUCUUCUGCUGUGUCCCUUCUGAAAUCGAACGUCAUCGCGUGCUCCAGCACUCAAUCAAAAUCGACAGCCAACCCCCCUGCGAAGCGAAAGCGCCUCACUGCUGCGGAAAAGUCAGCACGCGACAAGGAGCAAGCCGAACAGAAGAAGGAGCGUGAAGAGGCAAAAGCCGCAGAGAAGGAGGCAAAGGCCGCAGAGAAGGCUGCCAAGGCAGCAGAAAAGGCUAAGGCGGAGGAGGAGAAGGCUGCUAGAACGAAGGAGAAGGCCGCCGAGAAAGCCAAAGCAGACGAGGAGAAAGCAGCCAAGGCCAAAGAGCGCGAUGAUAAGAAACGCAAGAAGGAAGAAGAGCAGAAAAGACUGCAGGAUGAGAAGGACAAGAAAGCUCGGAGCCAGCGUACACUGGGCAACUUCUUCAAACUCCCCAGUACUCCAAAGAAGCUGGACAGUACUUCCAGUCAGGAUGACUCCAAGAACGACGCCAGCCCCGUUAAAUCAGCCCGCAAAGCGUCCCAGACUGAGUAUGAGAAGCUGUUCAAGCCUUUUUUCGUCAAGACACACACCAAGGUGGCUCCAUUGGGUCCGCAAAUGGAUGACGAGACGCGGGAGGCCAAGUCGAAAAUUUUGGAUGAAUGCAUUAGUGGUCAACGGAGUGCGCAGGUUACUAGCAUUUCUUUCGACGCCGUAACCCUGUUUGCGUUGCCUGGCAAGCCCCCGAGACGAGGCAAGCUUCAUCAUCCAGUUAGGCACAUCAUGGAGCAGGUUUACAAGGAGACAGAGAAGUCGGACAAUUCGGAUCCCGAUCACGCCAACAAGAUUAUGAAGGAGGCCCGCCAGAAGCUUGUUAAAGUUCCCAUGAAGGUCAUUGCAUUCUCUCAGGAUGUCCGGCCACCAUACUACGGUACAAUGACUUUCAAACCAUUCGCUCUUGGGCAGGGAAAUAUGAGCCAGUUGGCCCGUAAGCCCACAGGUCGACGCUUGCCACUCGACUACGAUUAUGAUUCGGAGGCUGAGUGGCAGGAGGAAGAAGGCGAGGAUCUGGAUAUGGACGAUGAUGAAGAGGAGCUGGACGACGAGGACGACAUGGAGGAAUUCUUGGACGACUCGGAAGAUGCCGGUUUAUCUCGACGCAUUUUCGCCAACGCAUUGGAGCCAGAGAGUACAGGCAUAUGUUUUGAAAAUGGGGAAAGUGUAGCCCUGAACCAAACUGUCUACGACCACAGGAUGGAGUUUAUGCAUGAUGGACUUGAACAAAGUUGGGGCAUUGAUCCGUUCUCGACCGAAUACUGGGAACCUGAGCCAAAGACUAAGACGGCGAAAGUUGGCAAGUCCGGGGAGUCGACGACCAAGAUGCCACCUCCUUCUGCACCAACCAAUGCAUUCGCAGCUUUGGCUGGCGGAACUGCGGCAGCUGAUGCACCAAAGCUGGUGAAGAAUGAGCUCAUGGAUGACGUGAAGAGAGCUAUCCUCCGUAACUCGGAACUAUCCAAGGUCGGGAUCGAGGAUGUCAUCUUUCAGCAGUUCCGAACCAACGCCUCGAGAACCGAGGUGAAGAACACGCUGGUGCACGUAGCGGAGAGGCAAGGAAAAGGUCGACAGAAGACAUGGGUGCUGAAGCCUGGGCACGGGAUUACUUCAUCUUGA